UGGAUACAUGGAAGACGGGCAGACGUUUAGGGUGACCAAAAUAAGGAUGUAUUUUUCGCGAUUCUGCCUCCUCACCUUGGUGCUGUUUCUAAACGCGUUGUCUUCGACGACAGGGACGAGACCAGCGUCAUCAGUUUGCGAUGGAUGCACUUCAUCAAAACCAAAGCAAGACGUGGUAUUCCUGCCCAAAACGCUGAAACCAAUCUACUACGACCUUGAAAUGAGGCCCAACAUGUACCAAGGUGAUCCGACGACCUUCACCUUUGACGGCUACGUCAGAAUAACAAUGGAGUGUCUCGAGACGACCAAAGAGGUCAUUAUGCAUCUGAAUGAACUUGAAAUAAUGGCAGGGUCGAUAGAGUUUGGAUCCGAGGGUGGGUCAGAUCCACCUGUCUUCGUGUCCUACGAGACUGACGCCGACAACCAGCUGUUGAAGAUCACCCUGGACAAGGACACGACAGUAGGUCAGAUGUAUUACGUCAAGAUGAAUUUCACCGGACCUCUGAAGGAUGACCUGAAGGGCUUCUAUCUGAGCUCAUACACCCGAGAAGGGGAGACGGUUUAUCUGGCCACCACUCAGUUUGAGUCGACAGACGCCCGGAAGGCCUUCCCGUGUUUUGACGAGCCCGAACUGAAGGCUCACUUCAACAUCACUCUCGUCAGGAAGACAGAGCUCAACAGCAUGUCCAACAUGAGGAUUGUCAGAACUGAUGACAGGGAGACAGGCUUUGUUGCUGAUGUUUACGAGACGACCCCGUUGAUGUCGACGUACCUGGUGGCGUUCAUCGUGUCCGACUUCCAGUUCAUCAGCGGUACAACAUCACGAGGCGUGGAGUAUCGAGUGUGGGCACAGAAGGAGUCGCUCAAUGAUCUUGACUACUCCCUCGACGUCGGCAUGCGCACCAUCACCUUCUACGAAGACUACUUCAACAUCACCUACCCUUUGCCCAAAGAAGACAUGGUGGCUAUCCCUGACUUCGCGGCUGGGGCCAUGGAGAACUGGGGUCUCAUCACAUACAGAGCCGUCAGGUUGUUCUUCACAGCGGGGGUCACCAGCAACUCCGCGAAGCAACAGGUCAUGGUCGUCAUUACACACGAACUGGCUCACCAGUGGUUCGGGAACUUGGUCACCAUGAAAUGGUGGGACGACCUGUGGCUCAACGAAGGAUUCGCCACGUUCUUCAUGUACUUUGGAGCCGAGGUUAUUGAACCGAACUGGGACAUGUAUAACCAAUUUGUCGUGGACGAAAUCAUGCCAGUGUUUGAAUUCGAUGGCCGUGUGACGUCACAUCCGGUCUAUGUCGACGUGGAGAGCCCGGAAGAGAUUGACCAAAUAUUUGACUCAAUCUCCUAUAACAAGGGAGGGUCUGUGAUACGGAUGUUGAAGUUCUUCAUCGGCGCCGGAACGUUCCAGAGGGGCUUGACGCGAUAUCUCCUGUCCCGCGAAUACAGCAACGCCGACCACGACGAUCUUUGGGUGGCACUUGGAACGCAAGCCGAAGAGGAGAAGAAGACUGCCGUCGUGGUGGACACGAUGAAGACGUGGACGCUACAGAUGAACUAUCCAGUGGUCACCGUGUCCAGGGCUGGCCCCAAGAUGAUACGGCUCACGCAGGAGAGGUUCCUGUUUGACCCUGCCUCUUCGGACCCCGGCAAAUAUGUGUCCCCGUAUAAUUACACCUGGAACAUCCCCUUCACGUUCACCACGAGCGACCAGAAGAACUUCGACGUCACUGACGCCGAUAUCAUCUGGAUGCUGAGAAACGACACAGCAGAUGUUUAUGACACCACCGUAACGAUACCGGAUCCGAGCGAUGAGUCGAGUUGGAUUCUGGGUAAUAUCCGUCACCAUGGUUACUAUCGCGUCAACUAUGAUGAAGACAACUGGAAGAACAUCAUCAAGCAGCUUAAAGCAAACCACGAGGUGAUCAUUCCAAUAAAUCGAGCUCAGAUCAUCAACGACGCCAUGGACUUAGCCAGGGCUGGCUACCUGGCGCAGCUGACUGGAUUACAGACACUGGAAUAUCUGUCGGCGGAAUUGAACUACUACCCGUGGACCACGGCCCGAGACAAGCUGGUCUACAUAGACACCAUGAUCCGGGACACCGAGAUAUACCCCGCUUUUCAGGAAUUCCUGAGAUCGAGCAGCGACGCAGCCUUCAGGUUUUAUGGUUUACGGACGCCGGCAGAAGGACAGAUAGAGUCGUUUGCCCAGCGUGAGGUGUCCAGUGCAGCAUGCGGUGUCUACAACCAGGACUGUCUGCAGGAGGCCAGGGAUCUGUUCCUGGCAUGGAAGGACAACCCACAGGAUAACAAAAUCAACCCGGAACUGUUAUUGACGGUCCUGUGCACGGGUAUAUCGGAGGGCGUGGCCGACGACUGGUACCACCUCUACGACAGCUACCAAGCGGAGACGUCGUUGUCCACCAAGAGCGACAUGCUGAGAGCGCUAGCUUGUUCUCAGGAAGCCUUCAUCAUUGAGAUGCUGCUGGAGCGAGCUAUAACGCCGAGUGAGAUCCCUAAACAAGAUGGCCCCGGUGUCAUUGCGACAGCUCCAGGGAUCAACGCCUUCGCCCAGCCGUUCGUGUGGGACUUCAUCAGGGAGAAAUACGAUACCCUUCGAACUGACUACAGCGCCAGCGUCGGCACCUUCACGUCGAUGAUUAAAGCGGCUACUGCAACCGUUCAACACACCCAGGCCAUGCUGGAUGAGCUGGAGGAAUUCGUCAGGGUGACGCCUAACCUCGGGCCGGGUGCCGCGGGAUUCGAGCAGGCGAUUACUCAGACCAAGUCCAACAUUGAAUGGAUGCGGGUGAACUAUCCAGUCGUAAAACAGUGGCUGGAGAGCCUGAGGUCACGUCAAGGUCAGGGUCUCCAUCUCAGGUCAAGAUAAAUGAUUCAAGAUCACCAGCACAAUCUCAGCUGUUCGUGUGACGGUACAGUGCUUAACAAUGACGAACAGGCUUCCAGGACACAGAAAGUGAAGAUUGUCUUUGUGAUGAAUCAGUGGUGAUAUUGUUAUGAAAUGAGAAUUCUAAUUUCGGAUGGAUUGAUGUUUCCUGUUAGAUAAUGCCAAACAAAGCGAUGAAGACAACAAAGUUAUUUGAUAUAAAUUCUAAAAUAGCUGAA